CCCGCCGCUCUCCGGGUUCCGAGGCCUCAGGAGCCUCCGUCGCCGCGCACUGCCUGAGCCCGGUCGAAGUAUGUCCCGGGUCCCUUUGGGGAAGGUCCUCCUGCGAAAUGUCAUUCGUCACACUGAUGCACAUAACAAGAUUCAGGAAGAGUCAGAAAUGUGGAAAAUACGAGAGAUGGAAAAGCAGACAGAAGAGGUGUAUCGGGGCAAGCAGAAGAGUUUGCUUUCCAAUUCUUCCAGUAGCCGGAUGCGUAGUGAUGGCUUUGAUGAGGACAGCCAGCACCACGACUGGAAGGUGAGGAAUGUUGCUCCUGUCUCAGUGACGACAGAAGAUGACCUCCGCCACGCCCGAUACUGGAACAAGAAACUCUACGAAUGUGAAGCCAGCAUGCCGGACAGGUGGGGCCACAGCGGCUACAAAGAAUUGUAUCCCGAAGAAUUUGAUACGGACAGUGAUCAACGGGAGCGAAGCGAACAGAAUUCCCUAAACGGAAAAAGGAAAUCUCAGCCCAGGAGGCGGUCCUCUCCGGAGCCGCACAAAAAGAAAAAGGCCAAAAAGUCGCACAAGAAGAAGCGGAAGAAGAAGUCGCACAAGAAGCGGAAGAAGAAGAAAAGGGAGCCGCCGGGCACGGCCUCAGACUCUUCCCAGGGAUCUGACUGUUUGGAGGGAGGCGCUUUGGGCUCAGGGAAGCAGAGGCGGCAGCGCCACAAGAAGGCCAAGAAGAACCCGGCCAAGCCGCCAACCUCCUCCUCAGGGCAGGACAGUGACUCCAGCGGCUCCGAGGACAGCGAGCUGAAGGGAAAGCCGGAGAAGCAGCCGAAGAAGAAACGGAGGAAACGCUGUGCUUCCACCUCGGAGAAAGGUGGCGAAGGAGUGCCGGAGAAACGCAGCAAGAGGAAAAACUGGAAAGUGGCGGCUGAUGAGAAUUCAGAGGACAGUUCCGAUGAGGAUUGAUGAAAAGGGAGCAGCUUGCGCGUGUGCUUCUUCUGCGAGAGGACAGGGCCGUCUUCCAAAUGCCGUCCUUGUGGAGUCAACCGAGGUCCAAAGGGGCUCUGCAGACCUUGGUAUCUCGCAGGGGGCAGCCUUCUGUCUCCCCCUGGCCUGAAAGGAGCCGUGGAAAGAAAGCGGCUCCUGCCCAGGGCGCAUUUGCCCACCCCCGGAUUCCAGCCAAAUCACCGUGUAUUCAUGAUGACUAUGCGAACCCUUAAUGAUCAAGCGAUACUCUUGAGAGCGGCUCAGGAGGGAACUUGGCGGCUUUAGGGCCCCUGUCCGUUUUUGUUUUGUUUUGUUUUGUU